AUGGUUCAAAAUAGGAAACUGCAGCAGUCUAACCUCAAAGGAUCACCGUCCAUCCAUGCACCACCUUAUUGGAUAUGCAGCGAAUGCGAAAAAGAAGGAUAUGAUUCGGAUCUUCAUCAUUUGGCCUUCUCCCAUUUCAACCUCACAGAAAACUUGACUUUGAAGGAAGUGUUCGAUGAAGACUGGGACAAUGAAAACUUGAAAAGUCUUCAGAAAAAACAAUUCGACAUAAUCCUUGGGGAACCUCCAUAUUUAGAACUGGACUAUACGUAUCCACAUAUAGAAUAUUUUUGGGCUUUAGUUGUGCCAGUUCCUGAAGAAAUGCCUCCAAUAACAAGGCGAGAUUUCAUCAUUUAUUCGGUCAAUAAUGAAUUCCAAAUUACAUCUCCAACAUAUCAAAUCAAUAUGAACGAGUAUUUAGAACUAGAGGGGAUAAAUAUGCCAGACAUGUAUCUGUUUGAUCUGGAUGAAUACAACCUAUCAGAUUUCAUAAUUUCAACCUACCGACACAGAUUUUUCAAUCCAAGGGCGAAAUUCAUAUUGGUAGGAUCAGAGCUGAAUUACACUAUUCCCGAAAUUUUAAUAUGUAAUUUCAUAUUGAACGUAAUAUUCAUCGAGAAAAGUACGGAAAUAAUUUUUACGAUUUUUCCAUAUGAUGAGAGAAUGCUGCAUAACCCCUCGAAAGAUUGGUGGAAAAUUUCAAGCUCUACAGAAUGUACUAAAGAGGUAUUUUUUCAGACACUCUUCCAACAAAAAAUUCCGAAAAUUUGGAAUAACUCCACCAUCAGCCUGAUGUACAUUGGUUUCGUUCCAUUCAUUAUCUGUUCGGAAUGUGAAGAAAGGGGUUCUUUGAUAGAUAUUUUGGAAGAAAGUGUAACGCAUCUUAAUCUUACAGUGGAGUAUAAUGAAUUGAAAUAUAACGGAAGUGAUUUCGAAGAAUACGAUCGAAAUAUGAUUCUGGAGAAAAAGUACGAAAUAUCUCUGGGUGACUACACAGAUUUGAAACUCGAUAAUCUGUAUCCACACGACUACACUAUUCUGUUUUGGGUCGUUCCGGUCCCUGAAGAGAUGCCAAGAUGGAAAUAUCUGUUUACAGUAUUUUCUAAACAAGUAUGGAUCGUUUGGAUCAUUACUUUCGUAACUCUUGUUCUAACAUGUUUCAUUAUAAGCUCAAUGUCUUCGAGGAUGCCUAGUCCAUAUAGACUUUUGACAGAUGCAGCAACAAUUAUUAAGAUGUCCCUUGAACAAUCAGCUGAUUUGAAUUCGUUUUCUCAUUCGGAGAGCAUUCUUUCCAUCCUCAUUUAUUUUUUCACUUGUAUUAUGACAGCCAUAUACAAAAGUAGAUUCUUAUAUCUUCUGGUAGGUUUCAAUUAUGAAAAAAUUAUCAAUUCGGUCGAAGAUAUCAUGGAUCACAACCUGACUAUCUGUUCACCAAUGUUAACAGCCGUACAAGGCCCUUUUUUAGAAACGGAACGCAAGCAAAAUUAUUUCAAUUCUCAUUAUAUUCAUUGUGAUUUCGGUGACACUGUUUAUACGCGAGUAGCUACAGAAAGGGAUGUGACUUUUGUAGAUAAUGCGGAAGCUUUGAACUACCUCCAGUCGAAUUAUAUCGACGAUCAAGGUAAAAGUUUAUUUCGUAAGGUAGAACAGCCCAUCAUUUCAUCACCGUUCGGAUCGACUCUGAUAAAAGGGCAUCCGAUCACGGAAAAUCUGAACCGAUACUUCAUGCUGUUGGACCAACACGGAAUAAAGAAACUGAUUAUAUCAAGGUACAACAAAUUACCUUUUGGUCAAGUGGCGAAUUUGCAAACCCAACUGUAUUAA